AUGUCGACUGGUUUUGUCGUUUGCUACAUCAUCGUCCCUUGGCGGGUCCGACUGCUCACCCUCGCUCUCGCCGGGCUCAGCCACGGCCGUCCGUCCGACGCGGCGUGCCCGCCGUCGUGCCCUGUGAACGAGCUCUCAAAGCUGUACGACCAGUACUGUUCCGACAAGGGCACCUUCUGGCAGAGCAAGCACCACUACGCGUCGGCGUACCACCAGAUCUUUGGUUCGAUCCGCAACGUCGUCACCUCCAUCCUCGAGAUUGGGAUUGGCGAGGACACCGCGCCGUCGGUCGCCUCGUGGCUGAUUUACUUUCCAAAGGCACACAUCUACCCCAUCGACAUCAAGACGACCGAGGAGGUGGCCAAGCGCGCGGUCCCCGGCGGCGCCACGGACCGCGUCGUCGCGCACCAGGCCAAGUUCGGCUGCGAGUACAACCGGCCCCUUCUUUCCCUCAGCCUCCCGCGCCGCCCUUCCCCACCGCCCGCCCAGGUGCACCUGACGCUGAACACCGACGCGUCGGACCCGGCUCAGCUCUCGCGCGUCCGGCUUCCGCCGCAGCUCGACAUCAUCCUCGACGACGGCUCGCACCGCUUCCUCGACCAGGAAAAGACGCUGCACGUGCUCUGGCCACGCCUCCGCCCGGGCGGCUUCUACAUUAUCGAGGACAUCCUGAUCGGCGCGCUGCCGUGGGACGCGUCGCACGCGCAGCAGGCGCCGACCAACAACUCGGACUGCGGCGGCGAGUGCUUCUUCCCGCAGAAGAUCGCCGAGCACCCCUUCCUGCUCGACCGCUUCGGUCACACCAAGGGCGGCGCUUGGACGCGACUGCGCAAGGAGACGCAGGAGCUGCUGCGCAAGCACGACUGGUUCUUCUCGGUGACGGGCGUGCACAAGGGGGGCGGGCUCGACGUCUCGCUCAUCCUGCGAAAGGCGGGGCCCGCCAUCGGCAGCGAGGGGCUGGGCGGCGAGGCUAGGCCCCUCACGCCGCCACUCCCUGUCCCUCAGGCGCGCUCCGCGCUGCAGCUCGCGGAGACGCAACAGAAGUCGCUCGAGCGCCAGCACUCCGAGCUGCAGCAGUCGUUGCGCUCGAUCGAGCAGGCCGUCGAGACACGCUGCACGCAGCAGGAGGCGGUGCGGCCGGCGGACGAGGGCUCCAGCACCGUCAUGUACGCCCUGCUCGCCGCCUCGGCGCGGGGCUACCGGAGGGUGCCCAACCGGGCGGAAGGGUUCUGAGCGUCUUGCGGGACUCUGUGCUUGUGCCGUGGGUGACCGAUUUGGGAGGAAUUCGAUGUUGAUCGAGGUUGGUUUCAGCGGUGGACAGCGAGGCGGUGGCGCGAGGUUGAGGUGGCAGUGUCCGGGACUACUUCGAGGGACUCUGGGAGAAUGGGUUUGCUCCACAUAGGUCACAGCGCGCGGCGUGCCGUGCUGUGUGGGGCGGCGGGGAGCGCGAGCGGGCCGGCGGGGCCAUGGACUGGCAAGCACUUGGGUGGCUGGGGUGCGACUCACAGCGACUGUGCAGGUGCGAGGUGGGACCCACGAGCCACGACAUGGGGUCGCGCGUGGUGUCCCGCGGUAUUUUUCCGGCACCAUACUCUCAACUCUGUUCUCUGAAA